AUGCCAGUUCCAUUUGAGGGUUUAAUACCAUAUGCUAUUAUGGCAGCCUUUUUUGGCGUCGCCGGUCAUGGUGUUGGUUUCGUUAGAUACUGGGACAAUGGUUGGAAGAAUGAUAGAUUCAACUUAGAUUCAUGGGAUGAAAAAAUGAUGGAAAGAGACUUCUUGUUAACAGGAGUUAAGAGAGGACAAACUAGUGAGGCUGUGGCUCCAGACCAUUUCAAGACAGCAGAUGUCCAAUUACAAAGAUACUGGACACCAUACAGAGACCAAUACUUUGUUUUCAGAGAAAGAUUAUACAAGGGAUAUGUUACCGGUGUGUGGGACUUUUCAUGA